ACCAGGGCUGGGCUCGGGCAAGGGUUCUGUUCACUCCCAUUGUUUGCUGGAGCGAGUCAUUCGAAGCGGGGCGGAGUGGAGCGAGAAGCUAGCAGGGCGGUGGCGACGGGGCCGGCAGCCAUGGAUGUGAUGAAUAUGAUGGAACAACCCAUCAAAGUGACAGAAUGGCAGCAGACUUACACUUAUGACUCUGGCAUCCAUUCCGGGAUGAACACCCAGGUGCCGUCAGUCAGCAGCAAGUGCUUGGUGGAUGAUGAUGAUCUCUAUGGAAAGCAGUACACUAUUAAGAAGACCACCACUUACAGCCAGUCUGGAGCAGGGCAGGCUCAGGCUCAAGUCCAGGCUCAAGCGGAACUGGAGUCCCAGCUUGCCAUGACCCGUGCUCAGCGCAUUCGGGCUGCCAUGUACCCAGAGACGGUGGAAGACCGCUCCCUUCUCGUCACCACCCAAGUUGAGGGACAGCAAACAAAUGUGCAGCGGCUGGCUGAGCCCUCUCAGAUGCUUAAGUCAGCCAUUGUGCAUCUCAUCAACUACCAGGAUGAUGCUGAACUGGCCACUCGUGCUAUCCCAGAACUCACCAAACUCUUGAAUGAUGAGGAUCCGGUGGUGGUCACCAAAGCGGCUAUGAUUGUGAACCAGCUGUCCAAGAAGGAGGCUUCACGCCGUGCGCUGAUGCAGUCUCCUCAGAUCGUGGCUGCUGUGGUCCGCACCAUGCAAAACACCAGCGACUUAGAUACAGCCCGCUGCACUACCAGCAUCCUCCACAACUUGUCCCACCAUCGUGAGGGUCUCCUGUCCAUCUUUAAAUCUGGAGGCAUCCCGGCUCUUGUGCGCAUGCUCAGUUCUCCUGUGGAAUCGGUCCUGUUUUAUGCCAUCACCACUCUUCACAACCUGUUGCUGUACCAGGAAGGUGCCAAGAUGGCGGUCCGCCUGGCCGAUGGGCUUCAGAAGAUGGUGCCCUUGCUGACCAAAAAUAACCCGAAGUUCCUUGCCAUCACCACUGACUGCCUGCAACUGCUUGCCUAUGGGAACCAGGAAAGCAAGCUCAUCAUCUUGGCCAAUGGAGGGCCCCAAGCUUUGGUUCAGAUUAUGCGUAGCUACACAUAUGAGAAACUGCUGUGGACCACCAGCCGUGUCCUCAAGGUUCUGUCUGUUUGUCCUAGCAACAAGCCAGCCAUCGUGGAAGCGGGUGGCAUGCAAGCCCUGGGAAAGCACCUGACCAGCUCCAGUCCAAGGCUUGUGCAGAACUGCUUGUGGACUCUGAGGAACCUGUCUGACGUGGCCACAAAGCAGGAGGGACUCGAUGGUGUCCUGAAGAUUCUGGUCAACCAGCUGAGUUCAGAUGAUAUCAAUGUGCUGACUUGUGCCACAGGCACCCUCUCCAACCUGACUUGCAACAAUAGCAAGAACAAAACGCUGGUAACUCAGUCAAACGGGGUGGAAGCCCUGAUACACACCAUCCUCCGGGCAGGAGACAAAGAAGACAUCACUGAGCCAGCAGUCUGUGCUCUAAGGCACCUCACCAGUCGGCACCCUGAGGCUGAGAUGGCCCAGAACUCUGUGAGGCUCAACUAUGGCAUCCCUGCCAUUGUUAAGCUGCUUAACCAGCCCAAUCAGUGGCCGUUGAUCAAGGCUACCAUUGGCCUCAUCCGUAACCUGGCCUUGUGUCCAGCCAACCAUGCCCCCUUGCAAGAAGCUGCUGUUAUUCCACGCCUGGUCCAACUACUGGUGAAGGCUCACCAAGACGCUCAACGCCAUGCAGCUGCCGGCACACAGCAACCGUAUACGGACGGGGUAAAGAUGGAGGAGAUUGUGGAAGGCUGCACAGGCGCACUACACAUUUUGGCUCGUGACCCCAUGAACAGAAUGGAAGUCUUCCGCCUGAACACCAUUCCUCUCUUUGUGCAGCUCCUGUAUUCUCCAGUGGAAAAUAUCCAGCGUGUGGCAGCCGGUGUGCUGUGUGAGCUGGCACAGGAUAAAGAGGCAGCUGAUGCCAUUGACGCAGAGGGAGCCUCUGCCCCGCUGAUGGAGCUUCUGCACUCCAGGAAUGAAGGCACAGCUACGUACGCAGCGGCUGUGCUGUUCCGCAUCUCCGAAGACAAGAACCCGGACUAUCGCAAACGUGUUUCUGUGGAACUUACCAAUUCACUCUUCAAACAUGACCCUGCUGCUUGGGAAGCUGCCCAAAGCAUGAUACCCAUCCAUGAGCCCUAUGGAGACGAAUUAGAUGGAGGUUAUCGUGGCAUGUACCCUGGUGAAAUUCCCAUGGACCCAAUGGACAUGCACAUGGACAUGGAUGGCGACUACCCUAUUGAUGCAUACAGUGACGGUGUGCGGGCACCCUAUACAGACCACAUGCUUGCUUAAUGUGCCCCCUUGGGCAGGGCUUAAGAUGUUUUCUUAAUACAGAAGAGGGCAACCACAGUGCUCAGAUUUGGGGCACUCAGGAGACAGAAGUGCCUGAGAAAGAUGAUGACAAACUCUUCCUUUCCCUGUGAGGAGGUUUUAUUUUCUAAAACAAAACCAUUUUCUCCUGCUGUGGGCCUAUGGGAAAGACCCCCCACAAACCCUGACCCAGGACUGCUUCUAAUGACCUUGUCAUAAUUUUCUACUAGCAGUCCACUGCUUUCCACCUGUUCCCCACUGUGUUCUGACUUUAAUGAAACCUCCCUUCUUUCUCCUUCCUCUCUCUUCCACUCCAUCCCCACAUCCUCCUUUCUACCAAUCUGGGGGACAUUUUCAGGCUGCCAUGGGAUCCUCAUAAGAGGUCCCCAUCCCUCCCACAUACAUACAUUUUCAGUGUAUGGUGCAAAGCCCAUUUGACUAAUCUUUAUUUCCCAGCCUUCACAUCUAAGGCUUGUAAGCCAGGAAAUGAAGAAAAAGGAAAGGUUGAGGAUUUCGAAGCAAGCAGUGGAUAUGAGUUUCCCAAGAAGCGAACACUUUUGCAUUUCCUGGCAUUUAAUUUUAUUUUUUUAGCUUUUCACCAAUAUGUCUGGGGGGCUGUGGUGCUCCAGUCAAGAAAUCUUUGAGGCCCUCCAACAGCGAGAAACAAUUAAUCUACUGACCACCUUUGGCACAUUUUUAACCCAAGCCCUCCUUUCUUUUCCCCUCCUUGCAACCUUCCUGGUGAUUGGUGUGUGCUCUCCUUCUUCCCCUUCCUCUCUUGCUCCUUCUAAUGCAUUUUUAAAAGCGGCUCUUUCUCAAUGCAUCGGCUUGAGGCUUCCACUGGAAAAAGGAUCGACGUAGCUGCAAAUGUACUUCAGAAGAUUUUAUUAUUAUUUCUUUAAGGGAUUUUUUUGUAUAGACCAAAGCUAAAAAAACAAAUAAAAACUUAAACC